AUGGGGUCUCAGGUGCUUGGCCGGAGCGCUUAUCCUCAACCAAGAUGGGGUCUCAGGUGCGUGGUCUCAAGCCGAGAAGACGGCGGAGGCGGGGACGAGGCCGGAGCGCUUAUCCUCAACCAAGAUGGGGUGUCAGGUGCAUGGUCUGAAGCUGAGAAGACGGCGGAGGCGGGGACGAGGCCGGAGCACUUGUCCUCAACCAAUAUGGGGUCUCAGGUGCGUGGUUUUAAGCUGAAGAAGACGGAGGCGGGGACGAGGCCGGAGCGCUUAUCCUCAACCAAUAUGGGCUCCACGAGGCCGGAGAAAUUAUCCUCAACCAACAUGGGCUCUCAGGUGCGUGGUCUCCACCCGAAGACGGCGGAGGCGGGGACGAGGUACACGGUUUUAAGCGGAGAAGACGGCGGAGGCGGGGACAAGGAAGACGGCGGAGGCGGGGACGAGGCCGGAGCACUUGUCCUCAACCAAUAUGGGGUUUCAGGGAAGGCGGAGGAAGGCGAAGGCGGGGACGAGGCCGGCACGGACGAGGCCGGAGUGCUUGUCCUCAACCAAUAUGGGGUUUCAGGGAAAGCGGAGGCAGGGACGAGGCGAAGAGGUGCAGCCGCCACGCUUAUCCUCAACCAGAAUGGGGGCCAGGAGGCACAGCCGCCACGCUUACCCGGGGCGAAGCAAAGAGGCACAGCCGCCACGCUUAUCCUCAACCGGCGAAGAGGUGCAGCCGCCACGCUUAUCCUCAACCAGAAUGGGGGUCAGGGGGAAGAGGCGAAGACAGCCGCCACGCUUAUCCUCAACCAGAAUGGGGGCCAGGGGGAAGAGGCGAAGAGGUGCAGCCGCCACGCUUAUCCUCAACCAGAAUGGGGGCGAAGAGGUGCAGCCGCCACCCUUAUCCUCAACCAGAAUGGGGGCCAGGGGGAAGAGGCGCAGCCGCGAAGAGGUGCAGCCGCCACGCUUAUCCUCAACCAGAAUGGGGGCAGGGGGAAGAGGCGAAUCCUCAACCAGAAUGGGGGCCAGGGGGAAGAGGCGCAGCCGCGAAGAGGUGCAGCCGCCACGCUUAUCCUCAACCAGAAUGGGGGCCAGGGGGAAGAGGCGCAGCCGCGAAUCCUCAACCAGAAUGGGGGCCAGGGGGAAGAGGCGCAGCCGCGAAGAGGUGCAGCCGCCACGCUUGUCCUCAACCAGAAUGGGGGCCAGGGGGAAGAGGCGCAGCCGCGAAGAGGUGCAGCCGCCACGCUUAUCCUCAACCAGAAAGGGGGCCAGGGGGAAGAGGCGCAGCCGCGAAGAGGUGCAGCCGCCGCGCUUAUCCUCAACCAGAAUGGGGGCCAGGGGGAAGAGGCGCAGCCGCAAAGAGGUGCAGCCGCCACGCUUAUCCUCAACCAGAAUGGGGGUACAGCCGCCACGCUUAUCCGGUGCCAGGCGAAGAGGCGAAGAGGUGCAGCCGCCACGCUUAUCCUCAACCAGAAUGGGGGCCAGGAGGAAGAGGCGCAGCCGCGAAGAGGUGCAGCCGCCACGCUUAUCCUCAAGCAGCAUUGUGCGGAGGCGGGGACAAGGCGGGGACAAGCAACCAAUAUGGGGUCCCCGGUGCGUGGUGUCAACCUGAAGAAGACGGAGGUGCGUGGUCUCAACCUGAAGAAGACGGAGGCGCAUGCAGAAGUG